UACAAUUACAAUCACAAUCACAAUCACUUUCUCCUCCAAACACCCAACACAAUGGAGGAAGACGGGUUCCAGUCCAUCUCGUGGGACGACGCGACACAACGCACAAACCCAGGGUUCGCAGACAUGUCGGGUGUGGGCGGGCACGACGACCUCGACGACGACGAUGACGGCUUUGACAAGAUCAGCGCGACCUCGCCGCCGGCGCUCGACUCGUUUGCCUCGAGCUCGACAGCGACAGUGCGCGGAGGAGACAGUGCCAGCCGAGGAGGUAUCAGCACGGGCGGCCUCGGCCCAGACGGGACGUACACGUGGGACGGCAAGUCGAUGACGAUCGAGGUGCGCGACCCCGUCAAGGAGCACGAGGGCAGCAAGGACAUGUACGUGUCGUAUGCUGUCCUGUCCAAGACCAACCUCCCGACUUUCAAGCAGCCGCAGGCGAGCGUCAGGCGCCGGUUCCAGGACUUUGUCUUCCUGCACGACCACUUGGCCAAGAGCUUUCCCGCCUGUAUCAUUCCGCCCAUCCCCGACAAGCACCGUUUAGAAUACAUCAAGGGCGACCGCUUCUCGUCCGAGUUUGUAGAGAAGCGCCGCCUAGACCUCCAGCGCUUCGCCGACAGGAUAGCCAACCACCCGACGCUGCAGCGCAGCCAGCUCGUGUCCGACUUUUUGCAGAGCGAGCAAUGGUCGGUCGCGAAACACGGCCACCUGGCGCACCCGCCGCCCGACGCGCACCGCUCCCUCGCCGACUCGCUGGGAGAUACCCUCGUCAACGUGUUCUCGCGCGUGCGCAAGCCCGACGCGCGGUUCGUCGAGAUGGCCGAGGGCAUCGAAAAGUUUGAAGAGGGCCUCGGCAACAUUGAGCGCAUUGCCGCGCGCGGCCGCAACCGCAAUGAUGACCUGUCAAAGGACUACCAGGACCUCGCGGCGGGAUACCAGGGCCUGGGUUAUCUCGAGUCGGGAAUCACCGAGCCGCUGAACCGCUUCGCCGAAAAGAUGCUCGACUUCUCGACGCUGAUCACGCACCAGAACCGCGCGGCCGUCGAUCCCUUCCUUCUCCAGACCCACUCGCUUCUCGCGUACGCCCAGGCACACAAGGCGACCAUCAAGCUGCGUGACCAGAAGCAGCUCGACUUUGAGGAGCUCUCGGCAUACCUCUCUGCUGCUGCUGCCGAGCGCGACCGCCUCGCCGCGUUGAAUUCGGGCCACGCUGCUGCGCCUGUCGGCCUCGGCACCUACCUUCGCGACCAGGUCGACAAGCUGCGUGGCACGGAUGACAUUCACACACGCCGCGAGCGGAUGCGCAAGCUGGACGGCAAGAUAAAAGAUCUCCAAGAAGCUGUCACCACGGCACAUGACACCUCGACGGCAUUCUCCGACGAGGUGCUCAAGGAGCAUGAGAUCUUUGAGCUGUCAAAGCAGGCCGAGAUGAAGGAGAUGCUCGGCCGGUAUGCCGAUGGGCAAGUCGAGAUGCUCCAGCGCGCCAUGGACGACUGGGACCGAAUCAUCCCACUCCUGCAGCGCAUCAGAGUUGACGUAUAGAGAGCGGAGGUUGCCGCGGGUAUACCAGUGUGCGCCGAGCACAAACGUGCUCGGAGCGGAGUAAGAACCUGACGAUGGACCUGGCCUGGCGGAGAGGCGGGCUUGGCCUGCCGCGGACACGGAAAUGCCACGGCGCCGGCGCGGGUGCGGGUGUUGAGAGGGAGUACCUGCGGCAAGGAAUCCGUACAAGGCACGGUUUGAGUCGAUGUUGUACAUGCAAGGAGCGUUGCGUGCUUGUGUGGUGCGAAGAGAAGCGUCUGUCGUCAUGCGCGUGGCGAUGUUGGAG